AUGCUGGGUUCGAUUCCUGCGCUGGGCGAUAUUGCCAGGGCUCGGCUCAAGCUGCGAGCAGUGCCGGUCACGGAGGAGAAUUUCAAUCUCGCGAAUGGGAUUCCCAGAUUCUACCUCAUGGAGCUCAAGAAAACGGGGCUGCGAUUCAAAAGGAUAACGCAUCACGCCAGGGUGACGCAGUGUCUGGGAUCAGUGGGAGCUCAUCCUUGGUACAUGGCGGUCUCUCCCCCCAGCAUUGUGGAUCCUUCAUCGCAACACGAGGGCGCUGUUCGAUCCAACGCUGGUGGCCACUACUAUUUACCUCCCUCUCAUGCAAGCGUCCAGGUUUUCAAGAUAGAUGGUCCUCGCUUCAUCAACCUAAACGAAGGAACUUGGCACGCUGGUCCUCUCUUUGGUGAUCGAGAUUCGAUGGUCUUCUACAACUUGGAGCUCAGUGACACCAACGUUGUGGAUCACACUACCCACGUGUUUAAGGACGACGUACUGAUCGAAGAUUGAGGUGAUGGCGAGCUUAAACACUUUUUUGCGUGUAUAGAAAAGCAAAUGGUGGAAAUGAAACAAGUUCUUUGCGAGCUAA